GAUAGCCUAUACCUAGGCUACAUAUGGUUGAUUGACCAAGCUUUUAACAUUUUUCUUUAUUCACCCUAGGACAACAUAUUUGAAUAUAUUACUAGGCCUAGGCUACGAUUGUGAAUUUGACAGACGCAUCAACAUUCGCAACAUCAACAUGACAGACGCAUCUACAUUCAACAUCAACACCGCGUUUUGAUCCUAAAGGAUGGCUGAAGCAGAACUACAGGCGUUUACGUCUAUGAUGGACGCACUCGUUCAAAUCAGCUCUAACAUAAAGAGUAUGGAGCGGGAGCUGCAUUGCCCGGUGUGUACUGAGAUGGUGAAGCAGCCCAUCAUCCUGCCGUGCCAGCACAGUGUGUGUCUGCUGUGUGCUGCUGAGGUGUUAAUCCAGAGAGGAUACCCUCCCCCAGACCUCCCCCCAGAGCCCAACUCCCCGGCUGCAUCCCCCAACACACGCUCCCCGCGCGGGGCACGCAGACCCCCGCCCAAGACCACCGACCGCCUGGACCGCGUCCUCAGACCAGGUUUUGGGACAUACCCCGGGCGUCGUCGUAAGGACAUGUCUCCUGCCCCCAUGCUGUUCCCCUGUCCGUCCUGUCACAAGGAGGUGGAGCUGGGGGAGAGAGGACUGACCGAUUGCCUCAGGAAUCUCACCUUGGAACGCAUCGUAGAGAGGUACAGACACACAGUGAGCCUGGGCAGCGUGGCUAUAAUGUGUGGCUUCUGUAAGGCUCCUCAAUCCUUGGAGGCCACUAAGGGCUGUGCUGACUGCAGGUCCAACUUCUGCAACGAGUGUUUCAAGCUCUACCACCCCUGGGGUACGCUCCGCUCCCAGCACGAACACAUACUGCCCACCAACAACUUCAGACCCAAGGUCCUAACGUGUCUGGAGCAUGAGCAGGAGAGGUUGUUGUGGUACUGUCGCUCCUGCCAGAUGCUACUGUGUCCUCUAUGUAAGCUCCGCAGAGUCCACCACGGCCACAAGGUGGCGCCCAUCGCACAGGCCUGCCAGGCACUAAAGGACAAAAUCACCAAGGAGAUCAACUACAUUCUGGCCAAUCAGGACACAGUAAAGGCUCAGAUAACUCAGCUGGAGAGUGCCGUCACACAUAUGGAGUUGAACAGUGUGUUGGCGAGGGAGCAGUUGUCUCAGUCUGUGAGGGAGCUGGGGGCGUCUCUAGCUGAGCGACAGGGAGCGUUGACCCUGGCCCUGGAGGGGGCCCGGCUGAGGAGGGGGGAGGCCCUGUCGGCCCAGGUGUCUGAGAGGAGGGGUCUGCAGGAGGACGGCGGGUUAAUGGCCUACACACAGGAGCUGCUCAAAGAGACCGACCAACCCUGCUUCGUACAGGCCGCACGAAUCACCCACAACAGGCUGGUGAAAGCGAUAGAGAAUCUGCAGUGUUUCUCUCUCUCGGCUGAUCCCUCCUUCAGACACUUCCACAUGGACGCCUCCAGAGAAGUGAAACUCAUCAGCAACAUGGAAUACAUAAGAGCCCCAUUGGCUCCUGUGAUUGACACUCAGCGGACGCUGGCCUAUGACCAGCUGUUCCUGUGCUGGCGACUCCCCCAGGACUCCGCCCCUGCCUGGCACUUCUCUGUCGAGUUCCAGCGGCGAAUGGGAUUGACCGAGGCAGGCUGGGGAGGAGAGGUCAGAAGUCCCAAUGCUCCAGUGGCGUGGCAACGCCUGGAGGAGGUGGGCGGGACUAGUGCUGUGAUUGACCGGCUGGAGAUGGACAGUGUGUACGUGUUAAGGGUGAAAGGAAGCAAUAAGGCAGGGUUUGGAGAGUACAGCGAAGAGGUUUACCUGCACACACCACCCGCACCAGCUCCACGCCCCGGCCCUCUCUCCAUCCCCCAU